GUAGAAGUGGCUGUGGUUGCAGGGGUGAUGAUGUCACAGGGCUCAGCGGGAACACGGCGCUUUUAAAAAGCUGAAAGAAACAUCCUGAGCCUCACUUGUCACAUCCCCACCCAGCAGCCUCACACACACACACAGAGCUGAGUUAUCCUCAGCCAGGAAGGGGGAAAAAAAAACUCCAUCCCACCACAGAAUGCACUGGCAAAAAUCUUCUGGCCCAGAGCAGCAGCCACAGCCUCGCCCCUACCAAGGAGUCAGAGUGAAGGAGCCAGUGAAGGAGCUGCUGAAGAGGAAAAGGGGAAAUAUCCAAAAUUCCAGUGCAGCUGCAGCCACAACGGUGGUUUUGCCCCACCAGCCAGUCCCUUCCUACUCCCCCAUGGGCCAGCCCUGCAUUGAGGUGGACGCUGCUGGCCCUGCCCUGCCCGGCCCAGAGGAAGGAGCUGUGGCCUCUGGGUGGAUUUCCCAGCCCUCUGGCAGCUCCCUGCAGCCCCUGGCUCAGUGGAGCCCUUACCCUGAGCUGGUGGCCCACGAGGCUGGCAGCUGUCCCUGCACUGCAGAUAUGUUCGUGCAGCCCGUGUGCCCCAGCUACACCCUGGUGGGACCCUCCCCUGUGCUCACCUACACUUCCCAGCCUCUCAUCACCAAUUUUGCACCCCGCAGCGCGCCCCCGGCCGCGGUGCCGCCGCUGGAGGUGCCGGAGCCGCAGCCGCCGCUGCCGUUCUUCCCCUGGGCACAGCCGCUGCCAGCCCUGCCGUACCCUGCAGCCUCCUCCUCCUUCCCCGGGGCCCAGCUGCUGCCCGUGCCCGUCUCCGUCCCCGAGCCAGCCCCGCAGGAGCUGGAGGAUGCCCGCAGAGCCAUCGGCGCGCUGCCCAUCGAGAAGCUGCUGCUGGAAGAUGAAGACAAUGAUACAAUUCUGCACAUUUCUGCAGCGAAAGGGCUGCGGGCUCAGACGCUGGCAGCUGCAGAGCGCAUGAGGGCCCUGAGGAGGCUGGAUGCCAAGGAGCACAGAGGAAAGACUCCCCUGCUGGUGGCUGUCACUGCCAGGCAGGCAGCGAUCGUCCACGACCUGAUCCAGGCAGGAGCAGAUGUCAACGCUGUGGACAACAAAGGACAGACAGCUCUACACCUGGCUGCAACAUAUGGCUACCCCCAGGUCCUCCAGGUUAUCCUGUCACUGGGUUUCCCUCUGGAUUUGGAAAUGAAGGAUUUUGAAGGCCAUACCCCUCUCCACUGUGCUGUCCUGGCCCACAACACCUUGCUGAGGGAUCAGGGCAGCCAGGCCCUGGCAGAGGAGCAGCACAGGGAGCUCCAGCAGCAGAGCAGGGAGCUGGAAUCCUGCAUCCACCUCCUGGUGCAGAGCGGAGCCUCCAUCUACAGCCGGGAUGUGAAAAGCAACAAGACAGUUCUUCAUUACACGGUGCAGGAUGGGAACGUCUCCCUGCUCAGGUACUUCCUGGAGCUGAACGCUUUCAAGUCCAAGGAUUUUGUCAACAGCAAGGCCCAUGGCAACACAGCCCUGCACAUGGCAGCUGCUUUGCCUGGUGACAAGAACCAGCAGGAAAUCAUCCAGCUGCUCCUGGAGCACGGGGCUGACCCCAGCAUCAGGAAUUUGGACAAUGACCAGCCAAUCCACAUGGCCCCUCCUGGAAAAGCUGGGGAUCAGGUCAGGCAUUUGCUGAAGAAAGGGAAAGUCACACCUGCAUUCAACUCCUGCCGCAGAAAUGCCAGAUCCUGAGUUAACUGCAAUUUAUGGAAUGGCUUCAGCUCCAGCUUCUGCCUCCUGUAAAAACUGUGAGGGGGGUUCUGCAGCACAUCCCUGCUCCUCCAGGCUGAACCCAGGUGGGGUGAGAGUGUCUCUCCACCUGUGGCCACGAGCAGCACGUCAGACAGCAGAAGAUGAGCUUCCAAAUGGCCAAAAACUCGACUUGGGUAGCAGAGAAUGUGAAUAAACCUCCAGCAAGGAGGUGAGCAAAUCAAAUGGCUGCUACAUAAAUAAGUAAAUAUUCCAAAUAAGUUCAAGGCACAGCCAAGCUUUGGUUUGGGAGCAGAGGUGACAGAGCACAAGGUGAGAGUUUGGCUGUAAAUGUUGAGAAAUGCUGCUCUGAGGGAGCAGAGGGACUGCUGGAAAUGCUGCAGCCCAGUCCAUCCAACCCAACCCAAUCCAACCCAACCCAAACCAACCCAACCCAACCUAAUCCAAUCCAACCAGCCCAAUCCAACCAACCCAAAACAGUCCAAUCCAACCAAACCAAUCCAAUCCAAACCAAACCAACCCAAUCCAAUCCAACCAACCCAACCCAUUCCAAUCCAACCCAUCCCAGUGCAGUCCAAUCCAACCCAAUCCAUUCCAAUCCAACCCAACCCAGUGCAGUCCAAUCCAAUCCAAACCAACCCAACCAAACCCAAUCCAACCCAAUCAAACCCAAUCCAACCCAACCCAUCCCAUUCCAAUCCAAACCAACCCAACCAACCCAGCCCAGUGCAGUCCAACCCAACCCAUUCCAACCCAACCCAUUCCAACCCAAUCCAACUCAACCCAACCCAUUCCAACCCAACCCAUUCCAACCCAACCCAUUCCAACCCAAUCCAACUCAACCCAACCCAAUCCAACCCAAUCCAACCAAACCCAACCCAACCCAAGUCUCCAGCCCUGGUACACAGAGCAGCUCUGGAAGCCCCUCAGGUGGGGACUGAGCCCUCCCCUGUGUGGGACAGAGAAUUCCUUGGGGUCUCCAGCAGCUUUUAGGGCAGCAAACCCCUGUGGCUGUGUGCCUGGUCAGGGUGCAAGGGCGAGCUCUCCUGCCCCCAUUCCCACCUGAGGGGGGUUUAACAGGUUCUUUUCAGCGUUUCUGUGAAAUGCUUUGUGAAUUGCUGUGCAAUCACCGACUCUGCUGGGCAGUGACUGGAGGUCAGAGCCUGGCUGAGGCUGUCCCAUCCUCAGGGCUCACUCUGAGCUGCAUUUUGCUGGGUUCUCAGUGGGCACAGGUGCAGGAAGAGCAGAGAGAUGAAGGGCAGGGCUCUUAAAUCUCUGCAGCCGCUUCCUUGAGCAGCCCCUGGCUGCCUCAGUGGGAUUUCCUGAGGCACUGGAGUGUUUCAACAACUGACACGAACAAAAGCUCUUAAGAAAUGCAAAGAUCUCGAUUUUCCAGCCCUCCUCUCUGCUGUUGGGCCAUUGCCUCCCACUACAGGUAUCUACACAGAAGCAGACGUGUAUUUGCAUGUGUUUGCAUAAAUUUUCAUGUAUCUGAGCAAAAGCCUUGGAAGGAUGUCACAGGGAGACCUGAAUGGAGUGAGAACUGAAUCAGUGGGUUAGUACCGUGUGUCAAGGCAAAAUGAUGGAGAAAAUAUCAAAUUCUGGCACCUGCCAGCAGCAGAACUGUCAAACUGUGAGCAGCACGUGAAAAUGUAAAAAGCUUUUUGCCAUCUCAAAAUUUCUGUGAGGUGACUGAGGUCCUUUGGCAGCGAGUGAAAAAAAAAUACAGGAGCUUUCAUUCCUAGAGUGGUUUUUUUUCUUUAUGG